GUGCGGCCGCCAUCUUGUGCGUCGCCGGAGCCAGGCGAGCGGCCCGCAGCGUGGCGCCGCCUGACCCCCGCGCUGCUCCCGCCGCCGCAGCCGCAGCCAGGGCCGCUGGCUCCCGCCCCGGGGGCGGCGGCGGACGGGGGAGGGGAAGAGCUCCGUGCGGACGGGGGCCCCCCGCGGGCCCGGCGGCGGCCCCUCCUCCCGCCGUCUCCUCCCGCCGCUCCUCGCGUCCCUCCCCGCGGGUUUGUGGCGCUGCGCCGGGGGAGGAUGAACGGAGGAUAAAUGGUGCCCAAGGCGGACAGCGGCACCUUCCUCCUCCUCUUCCUCCUGGUGCUGAGCAUCACCGAGCCGCUGCGGCCAGGUCCGCGACUAGCUUUGGCAAGACUUCUUUCAGAGCUCCGCUGCACCCCAGGACACUUUGCAUGUCUGAGUGGUACCAUCCAGUGCAUCCCUUCCAACUGGCAGUGUGAUGGAUGGCCCACCUGUGAGGACGAGAGUGAUGAGGUUGACUGUCCAGGCUUGACAGGGGACCAGCGAACUUACCAUGGGAAGGAGAAUGUGGACUCCAGGCACAAUCGAGGGAGAGGAGGAGAAACAACCCGCUUUCACACUGUCAAUGUGGCACAGCCUGUCCGAUUUAGCAGUUUCCUAGGAAAGUGCCCAACAGGAUGGCACCAUUAUGAGGGCACAGCCAGCUGUUACAGAGUGUAUUUAAAUGGAGAGAACUACUGGGACGCCGUGCAGACAUGUCAGCGGGUGAAUGGAUCCCUUGCCACCUUCACUGCAGACCAGGAGCUAAGGUUUAUCCUGGCACAGGAGUGGGACUUGGAAGAAAAACCAUUUGUAAGGAAGGACCAGCGUAGGUUCUGGGUUGGAUAUCAGUAUGUAAUCACCAAUCGAAAUCACUCUCUAGAAGGUCACUGGGAAGUAGCUUAUAAAGGCUCUUCAGAAGUAUUUUUACCCCCUGACCCUAUCUUUGGUACGGCUAUGUCUGAAAAUGAAAACGUUCUUUGUGCCCAGCUUCAAUGUUUCCAUUUUCCUACCCUUCGGCACCAUGGUUUACACAGCUGGUAUGCUGAAAACUGCUAUGAGAAAUCUUCAUUCCUCUGCAAAAGAAGCCAGACUUGCGUUGAUAUCAAAGACAACAUUGUUGACGAAGGCUACUAUUUCACUCCAAAAGGGAAUGAUCCCUGUUUAAGCUGCACGUGUCACAACGGUGAACCUGAAAUGUGCGUGGCUGCUUUGUGUGAACGGCCCCAGGGGUGUCAGCAGUAUCGCAAAGACCCUAAGGAGUGCUGCAAAUUUACGUGUUUAGACCCAGAUGGCAACAGUUUGUUUGACUCAAUGGCUGGUGGAAUGCGUCUGAUCGUUAGCUGCAUUUCUUCCUUCCUCAUCCUCUCUCUGCUGCUUUUCAUGGUCCACCGGUUACGCCAGAGGCGGAGAGAGCGCAUAGAGUCUUUGAUUGGAGCAAAUUUGCACCAUUUUAACUUGGGCCGCAGGAUGCCUGGUUUUGAUUAUGGUCCCGAUGGUUUUGGAACUGGCCUUACUCCACUGCAUCUUUCAGAUGAUGGGGAAGGUGGGGCAUUUCAUUUCCACGAUCCACCUCCACCCUAUACUGCUUACAAGUAUCCAGAUAUUCAACAUCCAGAUGACCCACCUCCUCCUUAUGAGGCUUCUGUCAAUCCAGACAGCAUCCUUUGUUCCACUCCAGAUGGACUUCUUUCUCAGACUGUGCAAAGCAGUCCUCCAUCACUAGGAAACUGUGAUGUAUCCCCACAGCUUACAGAGGGAUCGCUUCCUCCCUCAGUUGGUCCUUCUCCAGUGGAGCUGGAAGACUCUGCUGACAGCAGCACCUUUCUUGUCCCUCCUGACACACCGCUAAAUGAAAACACACAGGCAGAAACUCUUACGGGCAGCCGUCACAGCCACUGUUCUCUCAAUACCAUUGUAUAAAGGAGUAAAAAGCCGACUGCCAGUCAGAAAUAGUUUUAGCAACUGUUUGCACAGACAAACACUAAUCCGUGAUUUGAACUUCAGAAGGAACCUCCACUUUGGUUUUUGAACACUGCUUUUAUGUUCUAGAUUAGGAUUGUGCCUCUCGUUUUUUGGCUGUUGUUAUUCAUUCACUAAUCGGUUUGUCCUGUAAAUAUGGAUUGUAUAACUGCUCCUUUUUUCCAUUAGCUAUGGAAAAGAGUGCAGAGAAUUCCUUUGACUUCUAAGGAGGUGAAAAGUAUGGGUAGGUUUGGUUUGUUUUUUUUUUUCCUUAACCUGAGAGGAAACAAAAUCUACAUCAGAAAAAAGCUGCUUGGAUUUGACUGGAUACCACUGGACCCAGGAAACAGAUGAUGGAAAAGGAGGGUGGGGGCAGUCAGGGUUCAAUCAAUUGCUUUCUCUCUUGCUUCAGUGCUACAGUUGGAAAAGGCAGAGAAGAUAGGACUGCAGGGGGAGGGGCUGGGGGCCUGUUUUACAGAACAGGAACACUGAGGAGCUAAAACACAUGUCACCAUGUAAGAGUUAUGCAGUAUAAAAACUCCUGUGUGUUUUGAUCUGCCUUGCUGUUACAGAACACCGUAGAGACUGGAGGAUGAAUGAUCUACGCAAUAUGUGGCAAGUGGAUACUAAGAAAUCUAGGAUUUGCAAUUACAAUUAUUUUGUUGUUGGAAGCUGCAAGAUCUCAUAUUGUUGGGUAAAAUUCUGGCCCAUAAAGAAAACUGGGUCUGUGUAAUGCUUGUGUCCCUCUGGUAUAAUCCUCAUAUGUGUUAGGUAGUACUCUAGGGAAGAGACGGGGAGCAAUUAACUUUGAUGCAGUCUAACUUCACUAUAUGAUGCCCCCGUUUGUUACAAUCCCAUAAGGAAGAUUGAGGUAUUUUUCUUUGUAGUUUAACUCCUUUACAGUGAACAGUUGCACAAGACUGGCCUGGAUAAAAGACCAUUGUUCUUGCUUUUCUUACUGCAUGCUAUAUUUAGCAUGUAAGUGUGUUCCUCCCCUCCAUUUCACUUCACAGUUCUACAAAUACCACUUAAAAACAGUGAUCAACAUGCACUAUACGUGAUGUUUAAUUCUAAUUAGACACUUGUUCCUUAUCUGAGUCCCAUAAAUUGCCAACCCUAUUCUAGGGAUUUCCCCUGCGCCCCCCAAACUGUUUAUCCAGGUCCCAUGAGGGGUUAUAAUGAGGUUAGUGUACUUAAAUCAGUAAAGCAGUUUGCUUCAGUCUAUGUCAUCUUAAAGUUCCCCUUCAGAUUGAACUCUAAGUUAAUUUACAGAUGGCAAAAAGAUUCAUUCACUCCCUCACUAAACCCGAAGUUAAGCAUUGUUGGGUUUGAUAAUGAGUGCAAAAUAAUCUUUACAGAGGAUUUUAAAUUUAAGUUUGCAUUUCAGUGUACAAAUAAUUUACCCUUUCCCCCAUCGUCCUCUUGCCUCUGCUUCUCCUUGACUUACUGUAGCAGUCAGCAGAUGAGAUGAAUUAUAAGGAGUUUGUAAAGAAUGCCCCUUGUGAGUGUUCUCCUGUUACCUUAUGAAGGGUACAAGCCUAGAGGGACAGGAAGAAAACACUGCAUGGGGAUGUGCAUGUGAUCUAUUUUUCUAGUCAUGAUGAGAAAUCAUACUUCUAUGACAAAUCCUAACCCACUGUUGUGGUUUCCCAGUGCAGCAGACUCUUUCCCCAUUGAAUAUGCUGCUACUUUCUAUUCUGUAUCUCGCCUGUAGGCUUAUACUGUACUUGGGGAUUGGUCUUGACAAUUUGACUCCUUUUGCACAGAAAACUGAGUUUUCUUUAUUGAGAUCAUAUCUGGUGUCUUGACAUUCAGACGCUUGCUAACAAUCUUGAAUCCAUCAGAGAGCGUGAAUCACAGUUCUAGGGUGCACUGCUGGCACACGAGUGGGACGAAGCGCUGUUAGGAAGCCUCUCCGCCUGGAGCCGUACCACUGCCCGCGUCCUGCGCUCUGGUUUGACUGGCUCUAACAGCAGUGGUACGAAACAAGAGGAGCAAUUCUCCACCCUGUGGGAUCUCUUGCUGUCUCCUCCUCUGAGUUCAAGUCCUGGUCUAAUGAAGUGGAUGGAUAGCAGUAGUCAGAACCAUGCAUACAAAUUAUUGAGCAUUUCUGAAGUAUGAAAAUAAAGCGGGUUUUGUGCAUUUUUGAGCACAUUCAUACGUUUUAUACAUUGUAUGUACUGAUUUUUCUUUAGUUUUAUAGGUACGAAUGCGUGUGUGUGUGUGUGUGUUUCUGGGUGGCGAGAUAUAUAUAUAUAUAUAUAUAUACAUACUGUAGACGGUAACCUUUGUGCUGUGUCCAGCUAGGUGAAGCUAAGCACUGGGAUAUAAGCUAGGCUCUUAGGGUUAAUAAUUCUCUCAAGCUGGCUACACUCUGUUGUAGGACAGGCUGUGAUAGUGUACACUCAAGUAGGAUGCAAAGUCUAUGCUACUACAAUCUGUUCUUGAAAAAUAUUUUGUUAGCAGUGCAAAAUAGAAAACUUCCAAUUUCUUUUGAAGCCAGAUGGAAUAUUUGUUCUUUGUAGUAUCCUAGCGCAAUAACAAAAGGCCUUUUGGCUUGGUUUAGUCUCUGAUGCUGUGUUUUGUGGCUGAGGUGAACAGAUACCUUACCUCACACUUAUCCUAACGCUGCGGGAAUCUGUUCAAUAUUUUUUAUUUUACUUUUGGUUCUGUGGUGAAUUUUAUUUGAAAAUAAGCUCUGUUACAACUGGCAACUUCAUGGUGGCUCCUGGUUGUAGCUAUUCCAAAUGUGGGCUUCUUUGUAGAAGCCUCGGUGUGAUAUUUUCCCCAUUGCUUCUGAGCCUUUCCCACAUGUAUAUUGGCACGGAGGCUGCUAUUUUCUCUCUUUUCCCCUAGCCUUCUUCAUCUUAACUGUAAACAAGGGAAAUUUUGCCUUGAACGGAGUAGCUCACUAAGUACAGCUCAUUUACCUCUUGGUGAGCUUCGAAUUUGGCAAUAAAAUUGUCAUUUUUUCCCUUUUUAAUGUAGCUUUUUCACACUGGGUACUUUCUCUUGGAGUGAGAACCUUUGUAGUAGAAAAUGUCACAACUACUCAGACUUCUGGACCAGCUGGGGAAGAGUUGUUGUCUUGACAGCAGUUGACUCCUCAGCAAACCUUCCUUGCCCUUGGCAAGGUGACUGGUAAGCAGUUUGUCCUGAGCACCAAUUACAGAGAGUUGAUGCUUGCCUGAGGAAGACCUUUCUGUUUUGAUUGCCAUUCAGCUGAGAUCUUUGGAGUUAUUUUGUGCAUUGAUUUCUCCCCACCACCGUUCCUUUCUCUGGAUGUUUUUCUUAACUGCUGAUGCAUCCCAAAUGUCCCUCCAGACCCAGCGGGGGAGAUGGCAUUAUCACAUCAUUCCCAGCAGCACGCGUGAGCAGAGUGCAUUUCUCCUGGGAUGUCUUUGACCACAGUCGUUGUAAAGGUGCAGCACUCAGUUGUGCGCAGGGCUGUCCUGGUUUCGGCAUGCUUUAAGCGCCUCCCGUUGUGGCCUUGGACAAAACAGCUCCUCAGAUUCCCCAUCCUUACAACGUACUGUGGUGCCAUAUGGAGGUCUCUGCUGUUGCUUCAAGAACAGCCCUAGAUAUUAAUUUCUGUCGUGUUUUCAGUGAUACCUGUACACAGUCUCACAGCAGCCUCUAAUUUUUUUACUAGAUGAGUUGUAGAGUAUUGUAAUGUUAGAAGGAUGGUGGGUUUCAUUCUGUGCUAGAAGAUCAAAACUGUCUGUCAUUCAGAUGUACAAAGAGCUUGUCUGCGUACUGUUCAGUCUUGUCUAGUUUUGAGCCUCAGACUAUUCCUUUACCCAUUCAUGGCAGGACACUGACCUAGAAGAAGAAUGAAGUAGGUGGAAAUUUUUUUCUGAAGGCUUAAUCUUGCAGUUGGCUGGUGCUCUGCCUCCACAGGUGUCAUGGGGUGGUGGCCUGUUCAUGCAUCUCAAGUUCCACUUGGGAAGAAAAUGUUUUUGUGACCAGUAAUUACUACCUUUCUUUUCCCAUCUACUGUUAAAUGAAUUUGAAGGUGUUUUUAAAGAUGGUUUUUAUCUUUCAGAUGUGGCUUUUCAGUGGCAAAGCACUGAUGUUUUAAUGUUGCUUCAUACAAUCCAUAAUGCGCGUCUCCUUCUUUUUUCAGUUGCUGAAACGUGUUUUUUCUCCCUAGCUAAAGAACACACAAUACAGAAAUUUCUUUUAAAUUUCCCUUGCAAGUUGGGAGCUGGACCCUAAAAUUAGAGCAGAUGAGUGUAGAGGAGGCGAAUCAAAGUUCAUACACUUUGCUUCUGAUGUUCCCCAGUUGCAAAUGAAAUAUGUAUUUCUUUGGAAUAGAUGCUUUCGGUGGUAAAGAUCUGCUUCCCCUAACAACAGUCUGCAUUACGUGCCUGCUACGGUACGACAUAGCUUUAAUUUUCCAGUAUUGUGCACCUUGAAUGUUGAAUGGGUUGGAGUCGAUGCCAGCGGAGAUGCUGCGCUUGCAGGCUGCAUGCGUGGCUGUGCUGCGCCGUACCCCGAGUGUCGGGCUGGAGGAUGCCUGGGAGGCUGCGAGAGAGAAUGAGACACUGCUUUUUACCUUCUCCUGGAAAAUAAUUUUAGCCAACGCUGCAUUUGCAGGCUUCUCCUGUGUAGUUGGUUUGUGACUGGACUUAACUGUGGCAGUGUAUAAAAGAUUUUGAUAUUCUGUGAAAUACCAUGUAAAAUUUAAAUUUGAUACUAUAAUAAUUCAGUCCCUGUGACACUGUUUUUUUUGUUCUAACUUCUUUCUUUGGGGUUGGCACUAAUCUUUCUUUUUUUCUCAAGAUGCUGUGAGAAACAUUUCAUCCAAAUGCCAAAUAAAUUGUGUUCUGUAAGAGAAA